AUGGAAAAAGCUGAGGCAAGGAAUGCCACCUUUGCCUCAGUUUUUACUAGCAAGACCAGCCUUCAGGAAUCCCAGGUCCCAGAGCUGGGGAAAGGCUGGAGCAAGAAAGGUGUACCCUUGGUGGAAGAGGAGCAAGUCAGAGAAUACUUAAGGAAACUAGACAUACGGAAGCAGGAUCAUGAGGAGGACAAGAAAAAGAAGGCAAAGGAGAAAGAAGAACAGAAGGAGGAUAAGGAGGAGGAGGAACACAAGGAGGACAGAGAAGAGGGAAACAAAGAAGUAGAGGAAGAACGUGAAGAAGUGGAGGAAAAAGAAGAGGAAGAGCAGGCUGAAGACUAG